GUAGAGACGCUAAUCUCUCAAUUCCACGCCGCCUCACCCUCCCGUCACACAUGCCUGUGCCUCUUCUCCUCUGAGCACUGAGCUCCACCACUGUCCACCGUCCAACCUCCACUCUCCUCCCGACAUCAUCGACCGAUUAACCAUUGCAGCUAACUCGGGUCAUCGAUCUUCGCUUGCAACACUGAGUCGCCGACUGUACCUCUCUGUGGCUCUCUAGUCUCUCUCUCCAGUCUCCACACAAUCGUCGGUCGUCGCUCUUCACGCACUCUUGGGCCGUCGCUCUCCAGUCCAUCGGCUCUCAACGCUGUGAACAACUUGGUUGUCCUCAAUCCUCUGUCUUCCUCAGUCCUCAGGCUUUCUCAGUUCUCAGUCUUCGCCUCCUCGGUCCUCAUCAGCAACUGUAAAAGUGUCGUGGAUCAUUGAAUUAGGAUGUGUUCUGGGUUUCCAUUUCUGGCCAUUCUUUAUUGAUUUGUUCCCCACUUAUUAAUCAAUUGACGUCAAGAGGAAAAUGAAUGCCAAUCGACAGUGGAUGUAUAAUAGGCUCAAGGACGGGUUGUUGAAUACUGAAUUUUUAAAUGGUUUAGAGGAGUUCAUACAAUUUGCUUCAACCCAUCCUGAAUGUAUGGAUGGUAUGAAUAUAAGAUGUCCUUGUAGUAUGAAAAGGUGUUCGAAUCGGAGGUUCCUCUGUGUGGACGAUGUACGAUAUCAUCUGAUGAAAAAUGGUUUCGUCCCUAAUUACUACAGGUGGACAGCACAUGGUGAAUGUUGGGAUGAUCAAGGUACCUCUAGUGUGCUAUUGUCUGAAACUAUCAUGGAAAAUGAUUUUCAAACUGGGACUAGUGGCCGAUACCAUGAAAUGGUACUUGAAGGGUUUGGUUUACCGCCUCAAAUUGAAUUCAUGGAGGAGGAACCUAAUGCCGAUGCACAAAGGUUGUAUGAAAUGUUACAAGCAGCAAGUGAAGAGUUAUGGCCAGGAUGCAAUAAGCACACAAAACUGUCUGCUGUGGCACGUUUGAUGAACAUGAAAUCGGAGCAUCAUUUCUCUGUAAAAUGUUUUGAUCAGAUUGUCGAGUUUUUGAAAGAAGUUCUACCUGAAGAUAAUGUGCUUCCUGAUAAUUUUUAUAAAACGAAAAAGUUAAUUGAGGGUUUGGGUCUACCAGUGGAAAAGAUUGAUUGUUGCAGAAAUAAUUGCAUGAUAUAUUGGUCUGGUGACGCUGAGUUACAAGAAUGCAAGUUUUGCCAGCUUCCUAGAUAUAAACGCACGGAAAAUUAUUUGAAGCUAAAAGAACAACAUUCAAGCCAGAAUGUGGGAUCAGAUCAUGUGGAAGGAGAUGGAGGAACUAUUAAUGAGGAUCAAUUGUUCAUUACUGCAGCAGGAGGAUGGCAAGGAAGUCGAGUUUAUGGUUUAGGUAGUGCUGCAUCUUCUGCCUUCUCUCAAACAGGAACUGUGGGAAAAACAACAAAUGUUCCAUCAUCACAAUCACCAGAAUGGAAGAAGGAAAUUGAAGCAAAGUUUGAAGAGAAGUAUAAUAGUUUGCAGAAACUUGUAGAAGACCAAAAUCAGAUAAUAGCUCGAAUGCGUGAUGAACUACAGGCAACGAGGAUGGGACAGCAGUCUUCCUCAUUGAUGCCAUCAACAUCUGAUAUGCCUCCAGCUCAAAGAUCCCCUGGUGAUUCACAUAUAGAUUAGCAUGAUAUCAUUUCUCACUGACUUUAAUAAUAUAUUUUAUGAUAUGAAUUUGAUACUAUUUGGAUUAAUUAUGUAUUUUGAGAUAUUUUAAGUUUUAUAGUCUUGAACUAUAGUAAUGUUUUGGAUUUUUAGAUUGCACAAUUAUGAAAUGAAGUUGAUGUUUAUAUAUUA